UCACAAUUUCUUCCGUAAAUCGAGCAGAAAUCGAGCAAAAUGUUCAACAAGAAACCUCGGAGAAACUUUCGGCAGAGAAAAAACAGUUCGAGCGACGAAGAUGAUCAACAGAGAAACAACGCGGACGGAGAUGAGAACGAGAAGCCUCGAACAGCGGUGAAUAAGUCCGCUAAAGUGGCACAAGUCCGCGGCAUCAGCUGCAGCUCCAGGCGGGAGGAGACGCCUCCGAAGUCGGACAGCUCUGAUGGAGAAGACGGAGACACGCUGGAAGAGCCGAGAGAGGGAGAAGAGAGGGAAAACAGUGAUGAGAGGAAGAAGAAAAGUACCUCCAUUCUUAGCUUCUCUCACGAUAAAGAAGUUGAAGAAUCCAGUUUUAAGCUGAAGAGGUCUUCUGAUAAAGCUGUGCUGUUCCACGUCAGGAAGAAGGAGGCUCCACCUGCAAAGGUCACUCACAGCAAAGAUGUUGGAGCGGUCCCAUCAUCUAGUUCUUCCACACAUGAUAGUGAUAGUGAGGCUUCAUCACAAUCUCCUCACCGUGAUGAUGAAAACAGCGGUGACAGUGCUGAUACUGAUGACAGUGACAGUGAUGGACGGGGUCCCGGAUCUCCUUCUGCAAGCUCAGACUCCGGCUCCAGCCGCUCUUCUGCCAAACCAAUAUUUAUCCCUAGUGCUAAGCAGAUUAAAGCAGCCAAGAAGCAGCGUCAUGCCACUCGAACCCAGAAAGAGUUCAUUCCUCUCGGCAGAGACGGCCAGCGCUCAGCCGGCAGCACACCGGAUCACUACAGCAGGGACGAUGAAGAAGACAGAGUUGAUGAUGAUGAUGAUGACGAAGAUGAUCAUGAAAAAAGAAUUGAGUUUGCGCCACGAUUAAAGAGCAUUAGGGAAAGGAUUGCCGAGAAGCUAGGAGGAAGUGAUGACUAUCUCUCAGGCUCUGAUGGAGAAGAGCAGGAACUUUGGGAAGAGACACAAAUUGGAAAAGGAGUCAAGAGGCGACCAGGGGAACAGAGCCCAUCGGGCAGUGAGUGCAGCAGUUACAGCAGCAGUAACGGCAGAAUGCGGGAUAGAGGACGACAGAAGAAGAAACCAACGAGGGUCAAAAUCCCAAAGACUGUUUCUGACAUUUCGGUGUCAAUGGUCAAGAGACGGAUCACUAGAAAACUGGAUUCUCUGAAGGAAGUGCACAGAGCACGCCAGGCAGAGCUGAGGAGGAUGGAAGGGGAUGCUGAAAAUGCUAAAAGUUCUUUGGAGCUGCUGGAAGAAAGUUCAUCAGAGAGCAGGCUGAAGUUUUUCAGGACCAUGACCCUCUAUAUCCACAAUCUGGUGGAGUGUCUGCGGGAGAAGGUUGUGGAGAUCAAUGCUCUGGAACUAGAUUUGCAGACUCUGUUGUGCGACCAGAUGGAGGCGCUGUUGAAUCAGAGACGAGAGAGCGUUAGGGAGCAGGCUGCCCGCCUGCAGCAGCUCAGCUAUAACACAGAUGUGCAGAGUAGCAGUCCAGCCAAUGGAGCAGACACUCAGUGUGACACAGAAACUGGCAUUAAAAUGGAGGAAGACUUUGAUUUACCUGAAGAUACACAGCCUUCUACAGAAGAAGAGGAGCAGAUGCAGAAGAGGAUAGCUGAUAUCCUGGCUAAGUCGAAGGGGGUGUUUUCUGAUGUGCAAGACGACUUCUGUGAUGUGAAAAAGAUUCUCUCUCGCUUUGAACAAUGGAGAGGCUCCCACUCGGAGUCCUACCACAACGCUUACAUCUCCCUGUGUCUGCCCAAGCUGCUGAACCCCAUCAUCAGGCAUCAGCUGCUCGCAUGGAACCCUUUAAAGGACGUCAGCGGAGACUUUGAAAACUUCCCAUGGUUCUCACCAGUUGAGACUUUUUGUCAUGGUCAUGGUCACGAAGAACUAGAGCACACAGACAGACAGACGCUGUCGAACAUUGUAGAAAAGACUGUCGUGCCAAAAAUGACCGCCUUUGUUGAGCUGGUUUGGGAUCCCAUGUCUCAGCAACAGUCAGUCAGUUUGGCAGGUGUUUGUGACAGACUGAGGGAAGACUACUCCAUCUUUGAAGGCGAGCAGAGUAAACCAGUCAAGGCGUUCGUCGAAGCUGUGGGCCGCAGGCUGAGGAGCUGUGUGGACGAAGAUGUCUUUAUCCCCCUGUACCCAAAAAAGUGUUUAGAGGACAGUUCGUCCCCUCAGCGUCGGUUCAGGGAUCAGCAGUUCUGGACAGCUGUAAAACUACUAGGCAACAUGGGGAAGUGGGAGCUGCUGCUUCCCGAGGCCGUUUUGAUGGAGCUUAUGUUAGACAAACUGUUGAAUCGAUACCUGAUGAUCACCUUAUGCAGUCAGACGCUGUCCAGCAACCCUGUCUCUCCACACCGAAAGAUUGCAGAUUGCCUCCCUCUCUCAUGGUUCAAAGAAGAGAGUGAAUGUUUGCCUCAGCUUCAGAUGUUUAAGAACCAGAUAGUUCAGAAAGUGCAAAACAUCUGUAAACAGCAACGUCCAGAAGAUCCAAACACAAAGUCUGCUGUGAUUGAAGAACUGAAGGUCCUGAGUAGAAUCAGGUGCUACGACUCCAUCAUGGCUAUCGCUGAGAAAUACCGCUAUGAAGAUGCUAUCUACUCUCACCAGCUGCUGAACCAAGAGACGGCGUGAACCGUAAACGCUGAUGGGGAGACGGACCAGACUAAAGUAUCAGACGUGUGUGAGAGCCAGAGCACACAAGAAUUACAACCAAUUUCUUUUUCAUACACUUGACAGUUUAAAUGUGUUGUUGAAAUAAUGCACAAUUUUCGUAAAUGUCUUGCCCUUUUAUAAAUGCCUAUUUUUAUGAAUAAAU